AUGGAGCUGAGCCCAAUGCUUUAUGAGUUGCAAGAUUUUGUUGAUUGCUAUUCUGACCUGGGGUUGGGAAGCAUCAACACUCAUGGCCCCUUGUACACGUGGACUAAUGGCAGGGUGUGGAGCAAACUGGACAGAGCUUUAUGUAACCAGGCCUGGUUCAAUUCCUUUGGAAAUUCUGCUUGUGAAGUUAUGGAGUUUAUUUCUAUUUCAGACCAUACUCCUCUAGUUGUCACCACUGAGUUGGUAGUGCCUAGAGGUAAUUCUCCAUUUAAAUUCAACAAUGCUAUUGUGGAUCAUCCAAAUUUCUUAAGAAUUGUUGCAGAUGGCUGGAAGCAAAAUAUUCAUGGCUGUAGCAUGUUCAAGGUCUGUAAGAAAUUGAAAGCUCUUAAAGCUCCCUUGAAGAAUCUUUUUAAGCAGGAGUUCAGCAACAUCUCCAACCGAGUGGAGCUAGCUGAGGCUGAAUAUAACAGUGUGCUUAAUUCUCUAAAGCAAAAUCCUCAGGACUCUUCCCUUCUUGCUCUGGCAAACCGCACUAGAGGGCAAACCAUUAUGCUUAGAAAAGCGGAGUCUAUGAAAUUUGCUCAGCUCAUCAAAAACAAAUAUCUCCUGCAGGCUGAUAAAUGCUCCAAAUUCUUUCAUGCUUUAAUCAAGCACAACAGACACAACCGGUUUAUUGCUGCCAUAAGGCUAGAGAAUGGGCAUAACACUUCCUCCCAAGAUGAAAUUGCCCUUGCUUUUGUAAAUCACUUUAGGAAUUUGUUUAGUGCUCAUGAGCUGACCCAAACUCCUUCCAUUUCGAUCUGCAAUAGGGGUCCUAAGGUUCCCACCGAUUGCUUUGCGGCCUUACUUUGUCCUACUUCUUAG